AUGUCUGCGAGCAAUUAUCCAAAAGUUUAUGGCACUGCCGCCAUAACGGCUGCCUUCGUGGCUGGUAUUCUGCUGACUUUGGGCUUCAAGGAUUUUUAUCCAGAUCUCCAACGCAGGUACCAGCGACGAAGAGGCGAGCCCGAUUCUUCCCCAGAUUCUCCUCCUGCGAGCACUUCUCUCCCUCCGGUGACGCUCGAAGAUCACACUCGGAUCCGGCAAUCAGUCCUGAGUGCACCACCUCCGCCAAUACCGGAAGGAAUAGAAGGAUGCAUUGGCAAUACGCCUCUAUUUAAGAUCAAGAGCUUGUCCGAGGCGACAGGCUGCACGAUCCUUGCAAAGGCGGAGUUCCUCAAUGGAGGCGGGGGCAGUUCAAAAGAUCGAGUGGCGUUGAGUAUGAUCAACAUGGCAGAGGAACAAGGGCUGUUGACGCCUGGGCAAGGAGACACGAUCUACGAGGGUACUUCGGGCUCAACUGGAAUCUCUCUUGCGGCAUUGGCACGAGCGAGAGGCUACAAGGCUCGUAUCUUCAUGCCCAGUGAUCAAAGUAUGGAGAAAUCUGAUCUGCUGCAUCACUUGGGAGCAGAGGUUGAGAGAGUAACGCCAGCUCCCAUCACUUCUACUGAACAUUUUGUCAAUCUUGCAAGGACGAGGGCGAAAGAGCAUACGGCAUCUCAAAAUGAUGCUAGUAAGGGUUUCUUUGCGGAUCAGUUUGAGAAUCUGGCAAAUUAUACAGCUCAUUUACAAACCACAGGUCCCGAAAUAUAUAGGCAGACUGGUGGGCAGCUUGAUGCAUUCGUAGCGGGUGCUGGAACAGGUGGUACCAUAGCUGGAAUCGCCAUUUACUUGAAGAAAAUAAUGGGCAUGGGUGAUGAUCUAAAAGUUGUCCUAGCAGAUCCAGAGGGCAGUGGUUUAUACAACAAGGUCAAGAACGGUGUAAUGUUCUCCAAUACUGAGAAAGAAGGCACAAGGCGCCGGCAGCAGAUUGAUACAAUCGUGGAAGGGAUUGGAAUCAACCGAAUCACGGAAAACUUCGAAAUCGGAAGAGAAUUUAUCGAUGACGCAGUGAGGGUCACCGAUGUGCAGGCAAUGAAGAUGGCUCGUUGGUUGGUAGAGAAAGAUGGCAUUUUCAUUGGGAGCAGCAGCGCUGUGAACUGCGUUGCAGCAGUAGUAACUGCUCUUGAAAUGCCGAAAGGGAGUCGAAUUGUGACCAUUUGCUCAGACAGCGGAACGAGGCAUCUGAGCAGAUUUUGGAAGAUGAUAGGGGAGCUUGGCCUGGAAGAGGAACAUGAAAAUCUGCUUACACUGCUGGGCAUCAAACCUACCGGGUGA